AUGAUUUUUCUAAAGCUCCGAUUUCAGCAACUAAAGAAUGAAAUAAUACGUGGUUGGUAUCAGGUUCCCUAUCUUUAUUUCUCAUUUGGAUUAUGUGGAAUCAGUGCCAUAGCCGUCGUUCAUCAUUACUUGACUAAAACUCCUGAUGAUGAAUUGUUCACUCGACAUAAAUCUCGUUAUAUCGUUGUCAGACCUGAUGAUGUUCGUUUACAGAAAUAUCCACUCAAAUAUAUAACCGAACGAGAUCUGGUCGAGAAACAUCGUCAACAACAACAAUAAUCAAUAUUUUAUUGCUUAUAUUAUAAUAAUGAAAUUCUAAUGUUUAAUGGAUUAAACAUUUGUAUAAAAUAAAAUUUGUCUUAGAAAUUCUUA